AUGACGCAAGCUGUGGAUAACUGGGCUAUAGACAUCGAGACCAAUGUCGUCCGCCGCGUUCAAGGCGUUUGGGCUGGCUUCAAGGGUAUGUUCUGUCUGAACAUCUCUCUUGUCACUCUCAAACAGUCUACCAGGCUUUUUGGGUCGCGACAAUGUGCUCGAGGUGGCCGUCGGUCUAAUCAUGGUGACGCUGGCGGCUUCUCCAACCUCGUCAACUCUCUUGUUACUGAUGUCCUACUCCCUCCGAUUUCUCUUCUGCCUUUCCUAGGCCGAAACCUUCCUGCUAAAUUCUCCGUCCUUCGUGCAGGACGGACCCCACACGCCAUUUACAACACGCUAGAGCAGGCUGCUGCGGAUGGGGCGGUCACACUCGCAUGGGGUGCAUUCGUUAACAACGUCGUCACCUUCCUAGCCCUGGGGAUUGUACUCUAUGGAAUUGCCGAAGUAUACUCGUUACUCACAAAAGAGUCCAUUAUCAGACAUAUCGUGAAAUGCAAAUAUUGUCGAAAGGACAUUUCACAGACUGCGCAGCGAUGUGCGUUCUGUACCAGCUGGCUCGAUGGCCGUGAGGAAAAGUCGCACCUUUCUGCUACGAACAACACUUUAAUUUAG